AUGGCGAAGGCGCGACCGGGCGCGAGGUACUGGACCGCGCGGAGGAAACGCGCCGCCGCGCGCCUCGCGCUCUUCGUCGUCGUCCUCGCGCUCUUCUCCAUCCCGGCCCCGCGGUACUACGAACGCAGGCGCCAGCGCCUGACCCACAUCGCGUCGCUCGAUCCGCACUUUCGAGAAGAGUGGGAAGCGGAUCGGCCUUGGCGUUUGCCCGGGUCGUGCGAGUCGCGGCUCGGCGCGGUGCUUCCCCUGGACCCCACCGCCGCCGCGUUCUCGCUGGAGCGAUCCAGGCUCUACGGCGAGUUCGCGAGCGGCCUCGAGGCGAGGGGCCUGGACGUCUUCUCGCGGGCGGCGGCGGCUUCGACGACGCAGGGGUUGGGCCUCUCCGAUUUGUUCGACUUUCACCCGAGGAGCGGCCGGGUCACCGCGCGGCUGCACAGGCUGGACGUCCCGGUGCGCGCCGUCGUGUUGCCCCUGCCCGCGGCGUCCAGGGCGGCGGCGCGGAUCCACCGGACCACGCGUCGCGUCCUCGGCGAACACUUCCCCGGGUACGGGAGCAAAGACGGGUUAGCUGGGCACGGCGACUCGGUGUGGUACCAGGACCCGACGGCGUACCACUUCUCGGUGUACCACGCGUCGCACCACCUCGCCGAGGUGCGAGUGACGCCGGAGGAGGAGCGUUUAGAGGCUGCCGCGAUCGCGGGCGCGUGCGCGUCGAUGUGCCCCAUCCGGGCGGUGAUCGAGCGGGUCGUCGUGGCUCCGUCGGGCGCGGUUUUGGCGCUGUGGAACGUGGCGGCCGGAACGGAGCCGUCGGAUCUCCGCGCCGCGCUGCGCGCCGCGCUGCCGAACUCGCCGCGUGCGCAGAUCGUCAAGGACCGGGCGAUCCUGCACACGACGGUGGCGCGGCUGCUUCGGCCGCCGCUGGGGCCGAUGGGCGCGGUGGUUCGAGAUGGGGGCGCGGGGGCGGCGAGAAAGGCGGCGGCGGCGAUGACCGCGUCGCUCUGCGGGACGGAGGCGACGCUGCCCGUCGCGUGGUUCGUUCGAGAGUACGAUAAGCUGGCGCUGGCGCUGGGCGGGGAGUACGAGCCGGAGACGAUGCCGUUCGCGUGCGAGGCGGGCGGGGGUCGGGGUCUCGAGUAG